AUGACUAUGUGGUGGAAAACAAUCUGGGACAGAAAGAUCAUACCACGAGUCACCUCAAUAGUCCUCAUUCCCCACUUGUCAUCCGAGGUUAGCUCGUAUUCCAAACCUGUCACCCCCCCCCCCGUUUGCUCAUAUUUCCCCCCCGUUUGCUCAUAUUUCCCCCCCGUUUGCUCAUAUUUCCCCCCCGUUUGCUCAUAUUUCCCCCCCGUUUGCUCAUAUUUCCCCCCCGUUUGCUCAUAUUUCCCCCCCGUUUGCUCAUAUUUCCCCCCCGUUUGCUCAUAUUUCCCCCCCGUUUGCUCAUAUUUCCCCCCCGUUUGCUCAUAUUUCCCCCCCGUUUGCUCAUAUUUCCCCCCCGUUUGCUCAUAUUUCCCCCCCGUUUGCUCAUAUUUCCCCCCCGUUUGCUCAUAUUUCCCCCCCGUUUGCUCAUAUUUCCCCCCCGUUUGCUCAUAUUUCCCCCCCGUUUGCUCAUAUUUCCCCCCCGUUUGCUCAUAUUUCCCCCCCGUUUGCUCAUAUUUCCCCCCCGUUUGCUCAUAUUUCCCCCCCGUUUGCUCAUAUUUCCCCCCCGUUUGCUCAUAUUUCCCCCCCGUUUGCUCAUAUUUCCCCCCCGUUUGCUCAUAUUUCCCCCCCGUUUGCUCAUAUUUCCCCCCCGUUUGCUCAUAUUUCCCCCCCGUUUGCUCAUAUUUCCCCCCCGUUUGCUCGUAUCCCCCCCGUUUGCUCGUAUCCCCCCCCCCGUUUGCUCGUAUCCCCCCCCCCGUUUGCUCGUAUCCCCCCCCCCGUUUGCUCGUAUCCCGCCCCCCGUUUGCUCGUAUCCCGCCCCCCGUUUGCUCGUAUCCCGCCCCCCGUUUGCUCGUAUCCCGCCCCCCGUUUGCUCGUAUCCCGCCCCCCGUUUGCUCGUAUCCCGCCCCCCGUUUGCUCGUAUCCCGCCCCCCGUUUGCUCGUAUCCCGCCCCCGUUUGCUCGUAUCCCGCCCCCCGUUUGCUCGUACUCCUCCGCCGCCGUUUGCUCGUACUCCUCCGCCGCCGUUUGCUCGUACUCCUCCGCCGCCGUUUGCUCGUACUCCUCCGCCCCCGUUCGCUCGUACUCCUCCGCCCCCGUUCGCUCGUACUCCUCCGCCCCCGUUCGCUCGUACUCCUCCGCCCCCGUUUGCUCGUACUCCUCCGCCCCCGUUUGCUCGUACUCCUCCGCCCCCGUUUGCUCGUACUCCUCCGCCCCCGUUUGCUCGUACUCCUCCGCCCCCGUUUGCUCGUACUCCUCCGCCCCCGUUUGCUCGUACUCCUCCGCCCCCGUUUGCUCGUACUCCUCCGCCCCCGUUUGCUCGUACUCCUCCGCCCCCGUUUGCUCGUACUCCUCCGCCCCCGUUUGCUCGUACUCCUCCGCCCCCGUUUGCUCGUACUCCUCCGCCCCCGUUUGCUCGUACUCCUCCGCCCCCGUUUGCUCGUACUCCUCCGCCCCCGUUUGCUCGUACUCCUCCGCCCCCGUUUGCUCGUACUCCUCCGCCCCCGUUUGCUCGUACUCCUCCGCCCCCGUUUGCUCGUACUCCUCCGCCCCCGUUUGCUCGUACUCCUCCGCCCCCGUUUGCUCGUACUCCUCCGCCCCCGUUUGCUCGUACUCCUCCGCCCCCGUUUGCUCGUACUCCUCCGCCCCCGUUUGCUCGUACUCCUCCGCCCCCGUUUGCUCGUACUCCUCCGCCCCCGUUUGCUCGUACUCCUCCGCCCCCGUUUGCUCGUACUCCUCCGCCCCCGUUUGCUCGUACUCCUCCGCCCCCGUUUGCUCGUACUCCUCCGCCCCCGUUUGCUCGUACUCCUCCGCCCCCGUUUGCUCGUACUCCUCCGCCCCCGUUUGCUCGUACUCCUCCGCCCCCGUUUGCUCGUACUCCUCCGCCCCCGUUUGCUCGUACUCCUCCGCCCCCGUCCCCCCUUUCUGCCUUUUGCUUGUACUCCCCCCUCCAUCACCUGUAUUCCUGCAAUUCCCCUUGUCGCCCUCCUGUGUCACAUUUCUCCUUACCACCAUCGCCCCCUCCUUACCACCAUCGCCCCUCCUUACCACCAUCGCCCCCUCCUUACCACCAUCGCCCCCUCCUUACCACCAUCGCCCCCUCCUUACCACCAUCGCCCCCUCCUUACCACCAUCGCCCCCUCCUUACCACCAUCGCCCCCUCCUUACCACCGUCGCCCCCUCCUUACCACCGUCGCCCCCUCCUUACCACCGUCGCCCCCUCCUUACCACCGUCGCCCCCUCCUUACCACCGUCGCCCCCUCCUUACCACCGUCGCCCGUUCCUUACCGCCGUCGCCCCUUCCUUACCGCCGUCGCCCGUUCCUUACCGCCGUCGCCCCUUCCUUACCGCCGUCGCCCCUUCCUUACCGCCGUCGCCCCCUCCUUACCGCCGUCGCCCCUUCCUUACCGCCGUCGCCCCCUCCUCACCGCCGUCGCCCCCUCCUCACCGCCGUCGCCCCCUCCUCACCGCCGUCGCCCCCUCCUCACCGCCGUCGCCCCCUCCUCACCGCCGUCGCCCCCUCCUCACCGCCGUCGCCCCCUCCUCACCGCCGUCGCCCCCUCCUCACCGCCGUCGCCCCCUCCUCACCGCCGUCGCCCCCUCCUCACCGCCGUCGCCCCCUCCUCACCGCCGUCGCCCCCUCCUCACCGCCGUCGCCCCCUCCUCACCGCCGUCGCCCCCUCCUCACCGCCGUCGCCCCCUCCUCACCGCCGUCGCCCCCUCCUCACCGCCGUCGCCCCCUCCUCACCGCCGUCGCCCCCUCCUCACCGCCGUCGCCCCCUCCUCACCGCCGUCGCCCCCUCCUCACCGCCGUCGCCCCCUCCUCACCGCCGUCGCCCCCUCCUCACCGCCGUCGCCCCCUCCUCACCGCCGUCGCCCCCUCCUCACCGCCGUCGCCCCCUCCUCACCGCCGUCGCCCCCUCCUCACCGCCGUCGCCCCCUCCUCACCGCCGUCGCCCCCUCCUCACCGCCGUCGCCCCCUCCUCACCGCCGUCGCCCCCUCCUCACCGCCGUCGCCCCCUCCUCACCGCCGUCGCCCCCUCCUCACCGCCGUCGCCCCCUCCUCACCGCCGUCGCCCCCUCCUCACCGCCGUCGCCCCCUCCUCACCGCCGUCGCCCCCUCCUCACCGCCGUCGCCCCCUCCUCACCGCCGUCGCCCCCUCCUCACCGCCGUCGCCCCCUCCUCACCGCCGUCGCCCCCUCCUCACCGCCGUCGCCCCCUCCUCACCGCCGUCGCCCCCUCCUCACCGCCGUCGCCCCCUCCUCACCGCCGUCGCCCCCUCCUCACCGCCGUCGCCCCCUCCUCACCGCCGUCGCCCCCUCCUCACCGCCGUCGCCCCCUCCUCACCGCCGUCGCCCCCUCCUCACCGCCGUCGCCCCCUCCUCACCGCCGUCGCCCCCUCCUCACCGCCGUCGCCCCCUCCUCACCGCCGUCGCCCCCUCCUCACCGCCGUCGCCCCCUCCUCACCGCCGUCGCCCCCUCCUCACCGCCGUCGCCCCCUCCUCACCGCCGUCGCCCCCUCCUCACCGCCGUCGCCCCCUCCUCACCGCCGUCGCCCCCUCCUCACCGCCGUCGCCCCCUCCUCACCGCCGUCGCCCCCUCCUCACCGCCGUCGCCCCCUCCUCACCGCCGUCGCCCCCUCCUCACCGCCGUCGCCCCCACCUCACCGCCGUCGCCCCCUCCUUACCGCCGUCGCCCCCACCUCACCGCCGUCGCCCCCUCCUUACCGCCGUCGCCCCCACCUCACCGCCGUCGCCCCCACCUCACCGCCGUCGCCCCCUCCUUACCGCCGUCGCCCCCUCCUUACCGCCGUCGCCCCCUCCUUACCGCCGUCGCCCCCUCCUUACCGCCGUCGCCCCCUCCUUACCGCCGUCGCCCCCUCCUUACCGCCGUCGCCCCCUCCUUACCGCCGUCGCCCCCUCCUUACCGCCGUCGCCCCCUCCUUACCGCCGUCGCCCCCUCCUUACCGCCGUCGCCCCCUCCUUACCGCCGUCGCCCCCUCCUUACCGCCGUCGCCCCCUCCUUACCGCCGUCGCCCCCUCCUUACCGCCGUCGCCCCCUCCUUACCGCCGUCGCCCCCUCCUUACCGCCGUCGCCCCCUCCUUACCGCCGUCGCCCCCUCCUUACCGCCGUCGCCCCCUCCUUACCGCCGUCGCCCCCUCCUUACCGCCGUCGCCCCCUCCUUACCGCCGUCGCCCCCUCCUUACCGCCGUCGCCCCCUCCUUACCGCCGUCGCCCCCUCCUUACCGCCGUCGCCCCCUCCUUACCGCCGUCGCCCCCUCCUUACCGCCGUCGCCCCCUCCUUACCGCCGUCGCCCCCUCCUUACCGCCGUCGCCCCCUCCUUACCGCCGUCGCCCCCUCCUUACCGCCGUCGCCCCCUCCUUACCGCCGUCGCCCCCUCCUUACCGCCGUCGCCCCCUCCUUACCGCCGUCGCCCCCUCCUUACCGCCGUCGCCCCCUCCUUACCGCCGUCGCCCCCUCCUUACCGCCGUCGCCCCCUCCUUACCGCCGUCGCCCCCUCCUUACCGCCGUCGCCCCCUCCUUACCGCCGUCGCCCCCUCCUUACCGCCGUCGCCCCCUCCUUACCGCCGUCGCCCCCUCCUUACCGCCGUCGCCCCCUCCUUACCGCCGUCGCCCCCUCCUUACCGCCGUCGCCCCCUCCUUACCGCCGUCGCCCCCUCCUUACCGCCGUCGCCCCCUCCUUACCGCCGUCGCCCCCUCCUUACCGCCGUCGCCCCCUCCUUACCGCCGUCGCCCCCUCCUUACCGCCGUCGCCCCCUCCUUACCGCCGUCGCCCCCUCCUUACCGCCGUCGCCCCCUCCUUACCGCCGUCGCCCCCUCCUUACCGCCGUCGCCCCCUCCUUACCGCCGUCGCCCCCUCCUUACCGCCCCGCAACCCCACCAGUCGCCCCCUCGAUAGCCGCAACCCCACCAGUCGCCCCCUCGAUAGCCGCAACCCCACCAGUCGCCCCCUCGAUAGCCGCAACCCCACCAGUCGCCCCCUCGAUAGCCGCAACCCCACCAGUCGCCCCCUCGAUAGCCGCAACCCCACCAGUCGCCCCCUCGAUAGCCGCAACCCCACCAGUCGCCCCCUCGAUAGCCGCAACCCCACCAGUCGCCCCCUCGAUAGCCGCAACCCCACCAGUCGCCCCCUCGAUAGCCGCAACCCCACCAGUCGCCCCCUCGAUAGCCGCAACCCCACCAGUCGCCCCCUCGAUAGCCGCAACCCCACCAGUCGCCCCCUCGAUAGCCGCAACCCCACCAGUCGCCCCCUCGAUAGCCGCAACCCCACCAGUCGCCCCCUCGAUAGCCGCAACCCCACCAGUCGCCCCCUCGAUAGCCGCAACCCCACCAGUCGCCCCCUCGAUAGCCGCAACCCCACCAGUCGCCCCCUCGAUAGCCGCAACCCCACCAGUCGCCCCCUCGAUAGCCGCAACCCCACCAGUCGCCCCCUCGAUAGCCGCAACCCCACCAGUCGCCCCCUCGAUAGCCGCAACCCCACCAGUCGCCCCCUCGAUAGCCGCAACCCCACCAGUCGCCCCCUCGAUAGCCGCAACCCCACCAGUCGCCCCCUCGAUAGCCGCAACCCCACCAGUCGCCCCCUCGAUAGCCGCAACCCCACCAGUCGCCCCCUCGAUAGCCGCAACCCCACCAGUCGCCCCCUCGAUAGCCGCAACCCCACCAGUCGCCCCCUCGAUAGCCGCAACCCCACCAGUCGCCCCCUCGAUAGCCGCAACCCCACCAGUCGCCCCCUCGAUAGCCGCAACCCCACCAGUCGCCCCCUCGAUAGCCGCAACCCCACCAGUCGCCCCCUCGAUAGCCGCAACCCCACCAGUCGCCCCCUCGAUAGCCGCAACCCCACCAGUCGCCCCCUCGAUAGCCGCAACCCCGCCAGUCGCCCCCUCGAUAGCCGCAACCCCGCCAGUCGCCCCCUCGAUAGCCGCAACCCCGCCAGUCGCCCCCUCGAUAGCCGCAACCCCGCCAGUCGCCCCCUCGAUAGCCGCAACCCCGCCAGUCGCCCCCUCGAUAGCCGCAACCCCGCCAGUCGCCCCCUCGAUAGCCGCAACCCCGCCAGUCGCCCCCUCGAUAGCCGCAACACCGCCAGUCGCCCCCUCGAUAGCCGCAACACCGCCAGUCGCCCCCUCGAUAGCCGCAACACCGCCAGUCGCCCCCUCGAUAGCCGCAACCCCGCCAGUAGCCCCCUCGAUAGCCGCAACCCCGCCAGUCGCCCCCUCGAUAGCCGCAACCCCGCCAGUCGCCCCCUCGAUAGCCGCAACCCCGCCAGUCGCCCCCUCGAUAGCCGCAACCCCGCCAGUCGCCCCCUCGAUAGCCGCAACCCCGCCAGUCGCCCCCUCGAUAGCCGCAACCCCGCCAGUCGCCCCCUCGAUAGCCGCAACCCCGCCAGUCGCCCCCUCGAUAGCCGCAACCCCGCCAGUCGCCCCCUCGAUAGCCGCAACCCCGCCAGUCGCCCCCUCGAUAGCCGCAACCCCGCCAGUCGCCCCCUCGAUAGCCGCAACCCCGCCAGUCGCCCCCUCGAUAGCCGCAACCCCGCCAGUCGCCCCCUCGAUAGCCGCAACCCCGCCAGUCGCCCCCUCGAUAGCCGCAACCCCGCCAGUCGCCCCCUCGAUAGCCGCAACCCCGCCAGUCGCCCCCUCGAUAGCCGCAACCCCGCCAACUCGGACGCACACUCGGACGCACACUCGGACGCACACUCGGACGCACACUCGGACGCACACUCGGACGCACACUCGGACGCACACUCGGACGCACACUCGGACGCACACUCGGACGCACACUCGGACGCACACUCGGACGCACACUCGGACGCACACUCGGACGCACACUCGGACGCACACUCGGACGCACACUCGGACGCACACUCGGACGCACACUCGGACGCACACUCGGACGCACACUCGGACGCACACUCGGACGCACACUCGGACGCACACUCGGACGCACACUCGGACGCACACUCGGACGCACACUCGGACACUGAAUACACAGGAAGCCCUAAUAGCAAACAUCAGAAAAGACUGAACAGGGUGUUCAUUUCAUCAUCCUUGCCAACAUCCCCAAAAUCAAAGCUCCAGACAAAGGCCAAUGGGCCAAAGCAGUCUGCUCCGAAGCCAUCAGAUCAUGCGACUUCCUUGCUGUCUCACGGAUCUGAAGACUAUGAUAUUGCUGGUAUGGACGUCGAAAUUCGCCUGAUUGGCACCAAUUAG